GAAGUGAGCGAAAUGUUCCUAGAGGAACACUUGUGUUUAUGCUAUGCUGAAAAAAAAGAAAAGCUUUAUGGAAUACAGGAUCUCUUGGAAAAUCAAGAGAAUACCAAAUUGAUUAAGCUAUGGUACGAGAAUGAUCAGCUGGAUCCUGUGGCUAGAAAACAAGUUGAAGAAUAUAUGUUUUCCGCAGGAAAGGAAAAAGAAGUUAAGAAAGUCGAUAAAUUCGCGAAAUAUAGAGAGAAGAAAGCUGAUUGCCAUCUUCAUCCAUUAGACUUAUCUCUUUACGACAAAAUCUUGGAAUUCAAGAAAGCAAAUGCAGUUUUAUUGGAAUUUGAUUUUAAUUUUCCAGACUAUAAAAACUAUACAAAUCCUUUAUCUACCGAAGGAACAAACUUAACCUAUGUUUACGAAUCGACCAAAUGGUCUAGAGUAUUAAGUAAGCAUGGAAGAAUUCUUCUUUCAUUAUCUUUUCACUACGGCCUAUUGUCGAUGUCUCUGUUACGCCUUGGCGUACAUAAGAUGAAUAUUGAUUUACAAGAGACAAGCAAAUAUUGCCUAAUGGCAUAUACUGUUGAAGAGAGGUUAACAUUUAUACGAAAAUUGAUUUUGGAUGAUUUUAAAGUGUACGAAAUAACUGAAGACGUAUGGCACUCUAAAGAAGAUGCCGCUUGUUUUCGAUAUGCAAAAAAUGAGAGUGGCUACGCUAGCUUUGAAUAUUCAUGUUGCACUAGAACCAUCCAUGAUCGGGAAGAAAUCUGUAGAACAUUGGAGGCUGAAAAUUGGAUUCUGAUUAUAAAUCGAUUGCUUUACGCAGUGAAGAUUGCCUUACUCUUCUUUGGUCCUCUUAUGCUUCAGCAGUGGGUCUAUAGUGAUUCUAUACGUAAAACGGAUUAUAUCAUUCGAUUACCAGAGCGUCUCUAUAAAACAAUAUUAUUGAGAAGGGUUAAAAUGAAGGACAGAAGUUCGUCAACAGAUCCAAAUGAGAUGGAAGAAAAACAACAAUUUCAUAUAUUUCGUAAACUUUUAAAAACUUUGCCACCUGAUAGAGUUGUUCCGAUUACCUUUAAGAAAUUGCAUUUAUUGGUAGAUCAUAAGAGACUUAUGUCGGAACAGUCUAUACCCGUUGGUCUUUUUCACACUUUCUAUGAGAAUCUAUUUCGUUGUCAGUAUCGUUUUGUUCAUCCUUUUUAUACAUGCUGUGAGGAAAGCAUAUUCGGAUCAUGGUAUCCUAGAUUCCUUUGGUUUAAGCUGGGCUCAAAGUCUCAAUGCAAUCAGAGUUGUAGACAGUAUUUAUCAUGGGGUCAUGUUGCUAGAGUUAUUGGUAGUCUACUUUUACUUACAGCAAUAUCUACACCAUACAUUCUCCGUGUAGUUAUCUAUUAUAGAUAUGAGGAAGAUGAAGUAGACAGACGUGAUAGAGUUCGUAAAGAGCUUAAUUUAAAGAAAGCUCUUGAAGGAAGUGUACUUCAGUAUCUUACACCGAAUCAUCCUAUUCUAGUCGGGCUUUAUGUAAUAUAUUGCAUCUCAUUACUCCUACUUGCCUUCUUCAGAGCCUGUGAUUCAGACAAAUUUGACAAUAUUGCUCGAGGAAGUGUUCAGGAUUUACGUUGUAUUUCAAGAAUUCACUGCUUCCGAUUAAUUUUAGCACACAUUUUGUUACCAAUCGAAAAGUUUGGUAUAUUCUGCGGAUUAAUCAUCGGUUGUGUAUACUGGCCUAUUGUUUUACCUAUUUGCAUAAUAAUAACACUUGUCUACUGUGUACCACUAUUCUACAUGACUGGCAGAUUCCUGAUUCAUACAAGGCCAAAAUUUUUAAGAACUAAACCCUUAUCCAGUCCUCGUAGAAGCUAUAAAAGAGGACUAUUGUCACCUUCUAUUUCUGAGAGUGUAACUUCCUUUGAAUCAGCCUUGCUUCUAAAUAAUAUAAGUCCUCAAGAAAAUAGAAAUGAUGAUACGGGUAUUCCAGGAGGAAUACGAUCCAAAUCUCUAACUUCAACAGUUGUUAGCACUACGGUUGCGAUAUGCUGUAUCGUAGUUAUGUAUUGCAUUAUGCUCAUGUUUGCCGAAUGCGUUGGCUUUUUGAUCGAAAUAUUCGUAUUCUCAGUUUUUGGGAUCGUAUUAAACGUGGGCAGAGCUGCAGUAUAUAUUUGCCUGUUCUUUUGGGCCUUACUGUAUACUGUCCGAUGCUAUAAUAGCGUAUACGACAAAUAUAUGAAUUUAAAUAAGGCUCUAUUUAAAAUGAUAACUGAAAAGCUUAAAGCAGCAACGAGAGAAACAGCUCAACUUCGUGAAAGUGGUAUGAAUACGGCAGUAAAAUAUUACUCCCCAAUGGAAUUACAUGAAACUCAUUUACAUGAAUUGCAGCUGCAAAGAGAAGAUUAUGCUAGUGAUAGAAUUGAAUCAUCCAGGCUUGUAGUUGAACAAGAUAGAUUAUGUGACUCAAUCGAAUAUCGAGAGGAUAAACUACAUUGGAAGAUGUUGAAUAUGGUGCUAUUUGUCGAUCAUAAAGACCGACCUAGAAUUCCGAAAGAAUUAUUCGAAUCCGUUUGCCAAAUUGAGGCGCCUGGAUGUCCAGGACCAGUAUAUCAAAGUCUAGUACUAGCUACAAGGCAUCUCUUAUAUAUGCUUACAUUUCUAGCCUUUAUUGGAUCUAUAAUAUGGGGUGUUGGAAGGGUAUAUGAUAUUCCUCCUUUGUUGCAUCUUUGUGCAAUUUUAGCGGCAGGCUUCAUCCCUCUUAUCAUAAGAUAUGUUUUAAGAUCCCGUGAUAGAGAUAAGGAGUUUGUACACCAGUACACUCUAGAAGGAAAAGUUCAACAGAUCAUCAGAAGUUUUAACCAAGUAUGGCCAGUUUACGAUCUAUCGUUUCGAAUAGUGCAAGAGGAUGAAGAAGAUACAGCUCCUAAACAAAUGGCUGAUGACUCCUCAAAUCAAGAAAUAUCUUUGGGAAUAGCUUCCAGUGACCCAACCCAUGUAGAUUUGCUAAUAUCCAUUAGGGAUGAUGGUCUCGAAACAUCCCAAGGAAGUGAAUCAGCUUCCCCCGAUACUCCAAAUAAUGCAAUAACAUCCGAUGCGGCAAGGUCACUCAUGUCUGAACGAUCCUCAGUAAGUGAAAAGCAGACAGUCGAUGUCAUAGUUGACUUAAAUAAAGGGGGAUCUCCAAUUGUUAGACAGAGUAUGUCCGAAAGUCCCCCCAGUAAUGGAGGCCCGCAAUACCAGACUCCGAGAAGUUGUUCGGCACUAGAAGAUGGCGCUUCAGGUCUGUUUGGGAGUGGAAAUAUCAAGGAAUAUAUACUUAGUAGAAAAAAGAGGAGAACUGGUAGACUAGUAAAUAAAUUGAUUAGCAGCGAAGCUCCAGUAUUUCAAAAAGUCACGUCAGCUUCUCAAAUGGUUGAAAUGGCAUUAAACGUAGUUAAUAUUAUUGUUGAUAUGAAUAACAGAAGAUUCAUGGUAAUGAUAGAAAGAGCAGAAUUGGAUUUGAAUAAUGAAAUUCAAGCUCUAGGAACUCAACUUUCAAAUGAAAUAUCAACUUUAUCAAUUGAAUACGAGAUGCUAUUAGAAAGAAAAAAUCAACUAGGUACCAAAAUAUUUGAAGAAAAGAAAGAGAAAUUAUUGAAAAAGAUGCUCUAUGAAAAUAUUUAUAAAGGAAAAAUGUAUAAAGAUAAUAAAGAUGAUAGAAAAACUGAAGAAAUAGGCUUAAAGCCAUUAAAAGAAUCAAUAGACAAUGAAAAAGUUAUACACAGCACAAAAGAACUGGAAGAUAGAUUAAUGUUAAGAAAAAAUUUCUUGUUAACUCAAUUACAAUACGAUCGCCUGCUUGAAGAAGAUGUUGAAGAGAAGAAAAGGGAUAAAAAAAAUGAAGAGAUUAGAUUGAAAUUAUUAGGAGUAAAUAAUAUUAGUUCAGAAAUGGAUUUAGACAAAGUGCUAUAUAAAAAAGAUAUUAUUAAAGACAGCACUCGAAUAAAAAGCAUAUUAUCAUCAUUUUCAAAAAAGAAUACAAUAGUUGUUUAUCUUUGCAUAGGACUAGCUUUAUUAUUAGUUACUAGCAGUUUAUUUGCAUUUAUACUGAAUAACAGAAAAGAUAUUAUUAAUAAAAAUUUAUCAAGAUCGAUUUCAAAUGAUGAAAGUGAAUUUACAGUUUGA